AUAACCGGCCCAGAGACCCUCUCUCCUCCAGGUCCGUCUGCCUCCAGCCAGGGAAGCCAUGCCUGCCCCAUGGACCGUCUGCAGCCUGCUGCUGCUCAGCGUGCUCUGGCUGGACUUGGCCAUGGCGGGCUCCAGCUUUCUGAGCCCCGAACAUCAGAAACUGCAGAGAAAGGAACCUAAGAAGCCAUCAGGCAGACUGAAGCCCCGGGCCCUGGAAGGCCAGUUUGACCCGGAGGUGGGAAGUCAGGCGGAAGGUGCAGAGGACGAGCUGGAAAUCCGGUUCAACGCCCCCUUUGACAUUGGGAUCAAGCUGUCAGGGGCUCAGUCCCUCCAGCAUGGCCAGACGCUGGGGAAGUUUCUUCAGGACAUCCUUUGGGAAGAAGCCGACGAAACCCUGGCUGAUGAGUGACCAGCCCUGGGACCAACCCCCUGUUCGUUCUCCACCCUCAGAAGCUCUCACGUGGCUUCCAGGACACUUCCGAGACCACAUGCAGCUCUGAGGGGUGCUAGCCUAGGAGAUGAAUAAAUGCUCAAAUGGA